GAGCAUUCCUCGAAGGACGCGACCCCUUCUCUUCUUAUUAGAGGCAUUUGCAGAUUUUUUGCUGAAGUCUAUUGGAUGAUUUGUGUUGGCUCCCAGUUUUUUUGGGGUGGUUUUGUUGAGAUUAAGAGAAUCUUUUUAUUUUAUUUUGGGAGAAUGUUAUAUACAAUUCUGAUUUCUGAGUAAAAGAUUACUUUGUCCACAGCAUGGUGGUUUAGCCUUGAUGGGUUUAAAGUAAAAAGGGGGAGUUUUACAAUCAUGCUGCAUGAUUCGGGAGUGUGAUUAUCAGAGAGAAACAGAGCUUUUUUGGUAUGUUUUUGCAGGUGGGUGUUCUGGUUUUGUCUUUUACAAAUAUUGUUUGGCAAUAAGUUGAAGCUUUUUCCUAAAGAGAAGCUGUGAGCUUGAUACUUCUUUUGCGUUCUAGUCAAAGUUCAUGAUCUGGGUUCUUGCGCCUGUCCAUUGUUCAGAUAAGAUUGAGACUAUUCAGAAUCCCAAGUAGUACGCUUUUCCUCACUUUCUAGAGUUUUCCUUGGAAUCAAAGGAUUUUUCAAGCAAACUAUAGUUUGGUUUCAUGGGUUUUCUGGCUAGGAUAUUGUACAGUAAGCUGAGCUGCAUGUUUAUUCAAGUGAUUUGAGGUAAGAUCAGAAGUUGUGUGAUGUGAUUUGAAGGAAAGAUGAAAUCUUUGAGUAGUGUAGGACUUGGCCUGAGUGUAGUUUUUGGCUGCCUUUUCUUGGCUCUUGUUGCUGAGCUUUACUACUUAUUGUGGUGGAAGAAGAGGUUAACCAACAGAGAGAUGGAAAAUGACUACAGCAGCCCAGCAAGAGAGCUAUUCUACAUGUUUUGCUGGAAAAGGUCUGCUUCUUUGAGGCACGCAGCUUUGGAUCCCCAAGAACUUUGCUCUUCUGCAGGAAUCGCAGCCACAGGCACCCUUGUCCAUGAACCAGAAGCCCAGCUUCAGAUGCUGCAGUCAAGCAAGGAUUUUUUGCUCAAACCCUUUGGGGAGGAUAGCAUGGAGGCAGAGUUUAUGAGGCUGCAAGACCUCUCAGGCCCUCCAAGAUUCCUCUUCACAAUUAUAGAGGAAACGAAAGAGGAUUUAGAAUCUGAAGAUGGCAAGUCUAGGGGUGAUAAGAGUGAAAAGGAGUCAAGAAGCAGGAGCUUGAGUGAUUUGCUUCCAACUGUGGAGACUCCAUAUUUGACUCCUCUGGCUUCCCCUUUUUUCACUCCCCCACUUACUCCUAUGGACUCCUGCAACCAGCAUGGUGGAUUCAACCCUCUCUUUGAAUCAGCAAAAGAUGCAGAGUUCAACAGGAUAAAGUCCUCACCUCCUCCAAAAUUCAAGUUCUUGCAGGAUGCAGAGGAGAAACUUAAAAGAAAACUAAUGGAAGCAGCAGCAGCAGAAGCUAAAGAAAAGGUUCAUGAGAGUGAUGAACUUGUUCAAGAACACAGAAAUAAAGCUCCCAAAGAUGAGGAAGAGGGGUCUUUCAUCACAAUCAUUGUUGAUAAGUACAAAGAAAGAGAGCUUAAUCAUCAUCUACCCCAGUACCAUUCAAGCACUUCUUCACAGGUGAUUCCUCUAGCUUCCUCACCUUCAACAUUCAGAGCACCCAUUAACAAGAAGGCCAAUUGACAUUAAGCACCAUUAAUCCAGACUGAAACGGGUUUGUCUUCUUUUACCCCCACCUUUGUAUUUUAUUAGAUUUUUUCUUCCUUGUCAGGUUCUUGAGUUUAUCUUAUUUCCUUUGCGGUAUUUGGGGAUGUUAAAAAAGAAAGAAAAGAAAAGCCUAUUCCCUGUGCAAUGUAUGUUAAAUUAUGGAGACGGGGGGACAACAUUCUCUGCAACAUGAUGUUGAGAGGUGGGUCUGAUGAUGCUAGUGGGAGACCUGUGGGGUUAUUUGUUUUAUUCAAUCUCCAUGUCUCCUGAGUUGUCUUGUACCUGUAAUCAUUCUUGUGAGUGAUGUUCCAACUGAUGUUAUUGACGAGCAGAGCACUGUAAAAUUCUUUCAAGGGCCAACCCUUUUUCCCCCCUUUACUUUUACUCUCUAGUUUCUUAUUU